UAAGUUUCGUUUUCAGCAGUAUUAGAUUGGCUGCAAGUCGCUCCUGUUCUUACCUGAUAAAUGAAGACAUGGCUCCAACACUGUUUGAUCAUGGCGCAAAGCACGGGGACCUGAUUGAGAUUAUCCGUGAUACAUAUCGACACUGGGCUGUCUACAUCGGUGGAAAUGAAGUGGUUCACUUGAUUCCCUCUGUUGAUGACUCUGGACCUUUUGGUGGCUUUUUGGAACUCAUUGACAGCAGCACAGCACAGGUGAGGCGUCAGAAGAUCUGGGAGGUGGUGAAACACCAUCGUUUCAGAGUCAACAACCUCCUCGAUGAUGAGCACGAGCCACGGGACCCUCAUGACAUCGUGAAGGACGCAUGUAGGAUGGUGGGUCAGGAGGUGCCGUACUCUGUCACGUCUCACAACUGUGAGCACUUUGUCACAGAGCUACGAUACGGCAAGGCUGAGUCCAGACAGGUGAAAAUUGCUGCUGCGAUUGGAGGUGCAGCAGUAGUGGGCGUUGGUCUUGUGGCUCUGGGAGCUAUGAUUGGCAGCCUGCUCAAAGGUGACGACAAAAGAGAGAGGAGGCAUCACAAAUGACAGCAGAGAGACAUCCAGAUACAAGAAAAUGCAUUUUAACUUUUUUGAUAAACUGUACAGCAGGGGUGUCCAAACUUUUUCCACUGAGGGCCACAUACAGAACAUCUUAAGGAUGGUGGGGCCACUUUCCUAUACCUCUCCUUUAUGAUAUUAAAGUUGGGCAAUCCAGCAAAAUUUAGGUAACGAAUUUAAGUCACAGAAGAUACAUGUCAAUGAAUUGUUGUGUUAAAAUGUUUGUUUACAGAAUUCGCCCAGUAGGUAAUUCAUACAGUUGUCAAACUUUUUUUGUGUGUGAGGAUGAGGAUAGUUUUGUGUUACCUUCAAGCCCCCAAGGUGACACAGAAAUAUUCUUGUCUGUCAACAAAAAAACACUGAUAAAAUAUUGCGUCAAGCACGAGCUUCAUGUUCUAAUGUGGGUCAUUUUUCAGUUACUAUAUGUUUUAGAGUUUGCCAUUUGGCUCCCGGACCAUAGUUUGGACACCCCUGCUGUAGUGCAUUGAUUUUAUUGUCAAUUAUGUAAACAAUAAAGAAUGUAU